GAUGGGAAGGUGAAUGAGGAGGCAAAGAAAACAGAAACACAAACCCAGAGGAGAAAGGGAAAAAACAACAAAAGAGAGAGAGAGAGGUGUGACUUCACAUAAACUGUAGUUAUUUAUAGUCCACUUACUAUAAUAUCCAUUUAAUCAGGCUCAGCUUUCCUCUCAUUUCAAGGCAAGAACAUGAUAUAAUUCUGAAAGAUCUGCUAGUGGGAAAAGACAACUUAAAAGCUAGCUGCAAUGGAUGUGCUUCAGUUGCAAAAGCAGUUCGUUGACUACAGAGCUUCACUCUAUCAUGAGGGUUUUCUGGAUGAGCAAUUUACCCAACUUCAGGAACUUCAAGAUGAAAAUAACCCAGAUUUUGUGGUUGAAGUGGUGUCUCUUUUCUUUGAGGAUUCUGAGAGACUUCUCAACGAACUGACUAAAGCUCUAGAGCAGCAGAGCAUAGAUUUCAAAAGGGUGGAUGCUCAUGUUCACCAGUUGAAGGGUAGCAGUUCCAGCAUUGGUGCUCAGAGAGUUCAGAAAGUCUGCAUAGCCUUCCGCAACUACUGCGAGGAGCAGAAUAUCGAAGGGUGUCUUAAAUGUCUGCAACAAGUGAAGCAUGAGUAUUCCCUUGUGAAAACCAAGUUUGAAACUAUGUUCCAGCUUGAACAACAGAUCUUGACUGCUGGAGGCUCAAUUCCUGUGUAAUAGUACUCAUCUGCAGAGAAAAAACAAGGGAGCAAAAUGGGAUUUUGGCUAUGUAGAAAAGUUUUUCUCGUCUUUGUUGCUUUUCUUGCUGUUUUAGCGGGGUACCUAAGCUACUGAAGGGUUCUUAUCUACUUUCGAGCUUAAGCUUGUAUCAUGUCCAGUGUAUGAGCAAUGACAAAGAAUGUGAAUAAACCCUUCCAGCUGAUCUUUCCUUUCCAUUCCUCUCUGUUUGUUGAUCAUUGAGUUUCUUUGCUCUGAUAAUUAUCAAUCGAUUUAGGAACAAAAUAUGGAGAAAUUAAACAAAUCUUAUCAGGAAU